UCCACAACCCGAAUAAAAUGCGACGCUCUAGAUUCACCGUUUUCUUCGCGAUCUGCGCUAUCCUGGCUGUCCAUGUGACGGUUUCAGCUUCAUCCCCGACGCUCGAUUUCGCCGGCGGUCAUUUCCUCCCGAUCAAAUCGGAGUGCCGCGGAUCCAUCGCCGAGUGCCUGAUGCAAGGCGGGGAGGACUCGUCGGAGUUCGACGACGAGUUCGCCAUGGGAUCCGAGAUCAGCAGGCGCAUUCUAGCGACGACUCGGUACAUCAGCUACGGUGCGCUGAGGAGAAACACGGUGCCGUGUUCGCGACGUGGCGCAUCGUACUACAACUGCCGACCUGGAGCUCAGGCGAAUCCAUACUCACGCGGCUGCAGUAGAAUUACACGCUGUCGGCGGUAGAUUAAUUUAUUUUAAAUUAUUUUUAUUAUUAAAAUAACAAUAUUGUUUGAUUUUUAAUU